CUUUCAAAGAAGAUAGUGAAGAGAAAGAGACAGACAGAGAGACACGGGAACCUUUAGCAUGCGCGGCUUGGGCUCUCUCUCGAGGGUAGCGCAGCAGCAGCAGCUCUUCCGCUUCUUUGCGCGAGGCCCUUCCGGCCGGUUGCGGCCUAGCUCCGUCGCCGUGGCAACCGAGGCCUCCGACUGCGGCCUAGCCGGGAUGGACGAGGCCUUUCGCCGCGCCGUGGAGGGGCAGGGCACGGAGUUCAUGCGCAGCUACGGCGCCCUGCAAGCCGGGGAAGCGCGGGCCGAGCUGCUGGGCCGCCUGGCCAGGGAUUUCGGCGUGGAGCACGGGCGUGUGGCCGAGGUCUGCGCGGAGGUGGCACGGCUCCAGGCCGGGGCGGAGAAGGCCGAGCCCGGGGCGCUCCUCCAGGCCGAGGGCCGCCUCCGCCGCCUCCUCGCGCCGCGCUACCAGGGCCUCUUCCUCCUCCUGGGCCGACACGGGGAGGGCGGGCUCCGCUUCCUGCUCACGCUGCGCCGGGACCUGCUCGCCGCCCUCGCCGCCGCCAACGCCCCCGCCCCGCACCUUCGGGAAAUGAAUGGCGUGCUAAAGAAUAUGCUGUUGGAAUGGUUUUCCACGGGUUUCCUCAACUUGGAACGAGUUACUUGGCAGUCGCCUUGUGAGAUACUUCAGAAGAUUAGUGACAGUGAAGCUGUCCAUCCUGUGAGAAACUGGAUGGACAUGAAGCGGCGAGUUGGGUCUUACAGAAGGUGCUAUUAUUUUGUUCACUGUGCCAUACCAGGAGAGCCAUUGAUUGUGCUGCAUGUUGCACUUACGGAUGAGAUUUCCAGCAGCAUCCAGGCCAUCGUGAAAGAGGCCCCUUCCCUAGAAGUAGAGGAUAUGAACAAAAUUACCACAGCCAUUUUCUAUUCGAUCAGUUCGACUCAACAGGGCCUGCAGGGCGUGGAGCUGGGGGCCCAUCUUAUCAAACGGGUUGUUACGGAACUGCAGAUGGAGUUUCCCCAGAUCAAAGUCUUUUCUACUCUGUCUCCCAUCCCGGGCUUCACCAAGUGGCUCGUCGGCCUCCUUUCCCCUCAGUCUAAGGAAAGCGUCCGAAGCAACCCUUUCACGGACUCAGAGUAUCGAGAAAUCGCUGAGAUUGCUGGGGACCCCAUGGCUGAAACCCUAAAACGUCUGUUGAUGAACAAUGAGUGGGUGAGGUCUGAAAGACUGGUCCGGGCAUUGCAGGCUCCACUCCUGAGGCUGUGCGCCUGGUAUUUGUAUGGGGAGAAGCACCGUGGCUAUGCGCUGAACCGCGUAGCAAACUUCCACCUUCAGAACGGCGCUGUGUUGUGGCGUCUGAACUGGAUGGCGGACAUGAGCCCCCGGGGCAUCGCCGCUUCUUGUGGCAUGAUGGUCAACUAUCGCUACUUUUUGGAGGACACAGCUAGAAACUCUGCCGCUUACAUCGAAUCGAAACACAUCAAGGCCUCGGAACAAGUCCUCUCCUUGGUCUCUCAGUUCCAGCAGGAUAGCAAACUUUGAACAAAUGAGGAGGCUUUAAGGAUAUAACACCUGUUUCCUUGGGGUGCACGUACUUAUCCUAUUCUUAUUUGUGACCGCUCUUGUUGCCUUGGCAUUCCUUGUCAACAACAAGAGAGAUCGUAAUUCUCAACAAACAACAGCUAGGCAGAUUCUCCUUUGUGGAAAUGGCCAGCCAGCAGUGAACCGCGCGUGCCAUACCUGGCCUUGCUCAGUGAAUCGAUAGUCUUGUUUAAUCUUCAUCUUCAAAAGAGGCGUCCAACACCUGCGCGCUCCGACGCAUUACAGGGAGAAGGAGAUCAAUACCAGAGUCACUAGAUGAAAGGGACAGGCGAGGAAAAGCUUUUUGUCUGAAUGUACAAACAAAGCCACAUCCUCAGCACUUCUCAAUAAGGUGUUUGUUUUACGCCCCCUCCCCCUUCCCCUUUCUGUUUUUGUGCUGCAUUCUUUGAUCAGGCCAUCCACUUUAGUGCAAAAUGCCACCGCCGAGUUAUUUCUUUGCUGGAGCGCUGAAACACCUUUGUGAGUGUGUGCGCUUGUGUACUUUGGCUCCAUCUCAAGUGCUCUCCAGAUGGCAGAUGUGGAGAAUGAAGUGCCUGCAGCUUUACAGUAGCUGAGCUUUUAUGAUUUCACAAGUGAAACCGGCAGUUCGGAAACUCAAGAGGAAAGAACUGAUUGCGGAAAUCUUUAUCAUGUUUACAAUUUGAAAAACAUACAUGACAAUAUAUUUAAACUUGAAGCUUAAUUUUAUUUUGAAAAAUGUACAUUAAAAUAUCUGGGUUGCAGCCAUA